AAAAAACUCUGCAAACAAAACAGCAAAUUCAUCGUGAAGAUUUUCUCGGUGAUUUUUGUGAUUUUCCUAGUUUUCCGUGCGCGAUAGAGAAAAGAAAAAAGCCUGAAAAUGUCGAUAAUGGCAUACAAUGGGGGCUGCGUGGUGGCCAUGAAGGGCAAAGACUGCGUAGCCAUCGGAACAGAUCAUCGUUUUGGGAUUCAAGCUCAGACCAUUGAUACGACCUUUGAGAAAGUCUUCGAGAUCAAUCCCCGGAUGUUCCUGGGGCUUGUGGGCCUGCAGUCUGACAUUCUCACCGUGCGCGAUAAGCUGAUGUACCGGAAGAAUCUCUACGAGGUGCGUGAGAAUCGCGUAAUGACCCCCGAAAGAUUCGCAGCAAUGCUCUCGAGUUUCCUCUAUGAGCGCCGCUUUGGGCCCUACUUCGUUGAGCCUGUGAUUGCUGGGCUGGAUCCCAAGACCAAUAAGCCCUUUAUUGCAAAUAUGGACCUCAUAGGAUGCCCCAAUCAGCCCAAUGACUUUGUCGUGACGGGAACGUGUGCUGAGCAACUCUAUGGGAUGUGUGAGACACUCUGGGAGCCCGAUUUGGGGCCAACGGAACUCUUUGAGGUCAUUGCGCAGUCCAUGGUGAAUGCCUUCGACAGGGAUGCCAUUUCCGGAUGGGGUGCCACUGUGUACAUCAUUGAGAAGGACAAGAUUACAACAAAAACCAUUAAAACUCGCAUGGAUUAAGGGGGAGCUAUCCACUAAAUUUGCUUUAUUGGAAUUCUAUCAAUAAAUUCUUUUAUAAAACUUACAAA